AUAUUUCCGCCCAGGUGACAGCUCCCUCAUGCUCUACCUCCAGCCCCCACGGAACCAGGGAACCACUUCAGCAUUGACUGUUGCCAUAGUUGGCUGUGGUGCAGACUGUUGCAAUGCAGCCAAUUCAAUUACCCCCGGAUGUUUAUUCAAGCAUCUCCUAACCCUGGCUGUACCCUAACCAUUAACCGCUUACGAUGACUUCCAAAGGAUUUUUUAGAACAAUAUUGUAGGCUGGACUAUUAGUUAUUUAUAUUGGACCGAUCCGCCUAGUGGGAGAGUCACUAGCAGCGCUACCCCUUGCUGCACUGGAGCCAAAGGCGAAGGCGGUAUUUCAAAGUUUUUAUAGGGAUGCACGGGGGAGGGGGCGAGUUCUCCUUUUCCGUGCCUCCGCGGCCUUUGCGGCCCGCCCGGCAUCGGAGGGUGAGGUCGGACGAUGGUUACCUCUUCGACCACGUCAUGGCGGCUCAGCAAGCCGCCGACCCGCGCGCCCACCACGCCGGGCAUCCUCAAGGCGGGUCUGCGUCCGGGCAGGCGGCGUCGAGCCGGUAUCGGCAGCACCCGCAGUACAUGCUGUCGGAGAUCCCGAGCAUCGAGGAGGAGGACCACGCCUCCUACGACCAACCCUCGCCCGCCGCUGAGUCCCCCCCCGUGCAACCCGUGUCACGGCGGGCGCACUCGUACUCGCGCGCUGGGUCCAUGGGCAGGGAGGCGGAGGGGCAGGGGGAUCGGGAGUGGGAGCGAGAGAGAGGGCAUGAGCGGGACAGGGGGCGGCAACGAGAUGCGCCGGCGCGGGAUUGGAGGGACGGCGAGCGCGAGAGAGGCAGUGGGACAGAGAGGGGCGGGGCGAUGGAGUACGGCAGGGGGCGCGAGAGAGAGGCAGAGGCGGCGAGGAGCAGGGAGUCGGAGAGGAGUGGCAGCUGGAAGGACAGCGAGAGGCAGGGAGGGGAAAGGGGCAGUUUCAGGGACAGGGAUCGCGCUGGCGGCGAGAAGAGCGCGGGUAGUUCCCGUGAGCGCGAUCGCGCGGACAGGGGCACGGGGAGCUCGAGAGAGAGGGGUGAGCGCGCUGUGGCGAGCGGCAGCGUGCGCGAGAGGGAACGGCUGGAGCGAGAGAGGGAAAGGGAGCGCGAGUACGAGCGAGAGAGAGAGAGUGAGUGGGGCCGUGACGAUUCGACGAGAAGGGAGCUAGCGUAUGAGGAGGUUGAGGAGGAGGGGUACUACCAGGAGCAGUCGCGGUACCAGGCACCGCAGCACGCACAUGCGCAUCAGCACUAUCAGCAACCGCCUGCAAAGGGGCGAACGGACGGUCACACGUCGCAGUCGGCAAUGCAGCAGCAGCAGCAGCAGCAGCCCCGUCAGUCGCCGCAGGUGUUGGUACAGCAGCACCACCACCACACGCGAGACGGCCUCUCCUCCCCGCCGCAGCGCCAGCCCAUGCCUCGCGCCUCUCGUCCCACCUCCGCGGGCUUUCCCUCCCCCCUGGCGCCUGGCCCCAAGGGUUACUCCCCCUCGCCCAGUUCCUCAGGGCCCACGGGCGGCCAGGCGGGGGAGGCGCGCUACGGGUCGCCGGCGGGCCCGGUGGAGGCGCUGAAGCAGGGCGCGCGGCACCGGCGCAUCCGGUCAGAGGACGCGUCCAUGUUCCACCGCAUGCUCGCGCACGACCACGGGGGCCAGUCCCCCGCCAUGUCUCAAGGCGCAGGAUCGCCAGGGGGGGGGGCACCGGGCGUCCGGAGCCCAGUUGUGCGGGCCGUGCCCGGCGGCGCUGCAGGCGGGGCGGGCAGCAGCCGCUUUCAGGGAGGGCCGGCGCCAGGGGGAGCUGGCUCCAGCGGGAGCACUGCGCGUGGAGGCGGGUACGGCGGCGGCGUGAAUGGCGGUGGCGGGCCCAUGUCGGGCGGCAUGAGCGCAAGCGGUAGCGGCCCGCUGAGCGGCGGAUCGGGGCAGCACAUGACGGCGCGAAGCCCGCUGGAGGGUGCAGGCGAUCGGUUGGCGGACUACAGUGGGGGCGGAAGCAGCAAGGAACGGCGCGCGCAAGUGACCCACCGAUUUCCCUCGUCGCGGUCCGUGUCCGCCGUGCCCUCUCAUGCCGUCGACCACGACCGCUCGCCGGACUCCCCCGUCCGCGCCUCAGGGGGGGGCAUGCGCGGGGGAACGGGCAUGGGGGGGAGCCAGAACCACAAGGAACAGUUGGGUGUCAUGGGGUUGGCGCAGAGAGAAGGGCAGGCACAGGGAAUGGGACGAGGCGGGGGGGGAAAGAUGUUAAUGCGGCCUCGUAGCAUGAAGGCUCUGUCGUCGCCGGGCGACGUGGAGGGCGGCGAAGAGCAAUCGCAGGGCUACGCUGCGACCGGGCAGAAACAGCACUGGCAGCAACACCAGCAGCCGCCGCCGCCGCAGCAGCAGUGGCAGCAGCAGCCUCAGCAGUUGCAGUGGCAGCAGCAGCAAUUCGCCACCCCCCAGCAGCAGCAGCAGCAGCAGCAGAUGCGUCGUCGAUCGCACGAUUUGCAAUCAAGCCCCUGGCCCGACGACGAUUCUCCCAUGCGCUCCCCCCCUGACACCGCGCGCCUCUCCCUCGACUCCGCCGAUCACCAGCCUCCGCGGGCUGCGCGGGUGGGCUCGCCGGCAGCAGGGGGGAGGGCAGCACCGUCGGGGAGCGGGGCUCCGCGCGGUGGAAUGGGCGCGGGUUCGGGGCGAGGGUCAGGGAAAGGCGACGGGGCGUGGGGCGGCGCAGCAGAGGUGGUGACGGGUCGCAUGCGGGAGGGCGCGGACUUGCGCCCCCUGGCCCUGCCGCGCCCCAACAGCAGCGGCGGCGUGCGCAGAGGCGCGGGGCUGGCGGGCGGCCCCGUGGACCGAUCGCGGUCCAGCGACGGCAGCCCCGACCCCGGCGACAUGGGGGGUGGCGGAGGGUGGGGGAAGGACGAGGGGGGCGUGUGGGGCCGGCGGGGCAAGGGCAAGGCGGGGCAGGCGAUCACGGAGGAGGCGCUGGAGCAGCAGCUCAAGCUCAGCUCGCACCGCCUCGCCGCCGUCUCGCCCUCCUACCCCACCUCCCCGCCCCACUCCCCUCCGCGCGCUACCUCUUCGCGCUCCCAUUCCGCGUCCACCGCGCCCACUGCUCCUGGGGCACCUGGGGGCGGUUCUGCGGCAGCCGCUCAGCUCUCCCCCGCAGCCAGCCGUCCUCCUGGGCGAAGUCCGCCCAUGCGCAUGACUGCGCGCAGCGCCAGCGGCACCUACUUCAGCUCCGCCGCCGCUGCUGUGGCGGCGGUGGGCGGGGGGCAAGGGAUGGGCGGAGAGGGGGAGAUGCGGGGGGCACGUAAAUACGGGGGGCCUGGCGAUUCAACCAUGGGGGCACAGGGGAGCGCGCCUAUGCGCGGUGGAGGUGGGGGGUAUGGCGGCGUUGGUGGCAGCGGCAGCGGCGGUACAGGUGGCGGCAGUGCAGCAGCAGUGGCGGCGGCGGCGGCAGGCAGCAGCGGCACCAACAGGCUGCGCCCCUUUGAGGAGCCCACGCCCGCGGCUGCGCGCCCCAAGCCGCGCCACAGGCGCAGUGAGAGUGCGGGGCCGGGGUACUUCGUGGGCGGGGGAGGCAUCUGGGGCGCCGUGGCGGGCGCGAGCAUGGCGCCCCCUCUGGGCGCCAACGGCCCCCAGGCGCUGGCGCUCAACUUCCUGGCGGGCGCGCAGCAGAGCGACGCCGUGGUGAGCAGCGGGGGGGGCGCGCAUGUCAGGGCCCACAGCGCGCAGGGGAAGGUGGGCGGAGGGGUUGGCGGGGCGGACGGUGGAGGGGGCGUGGCUGGGCGAAUGGCGGGCAGCGGAGGGGGAAGAGACGGGCGGGAUGGUGCAGGUGAGAGUGGUGGGGCAGGGGGCGUGGGCGUGGGGAGUGCGAUGGCGAGCAGUAUGGGCGUGGAGGCAGUGCGCGCAGGGCUGUCAGCCAUCCGCACAGGGGGCCACGGCAGCAGCAAGCACAUCAAGGUGGGUGCCUUCGCCAACCAGGGACCCGCCGCUGCUGCCACUAGUGCUGCGGCUGCCACUGCAGCAGCUGCGGCGGCGGCAGCUGCAGCAGUGGUGGGGCCGGAUGGGUCGAUCCCGCUGACGACGAAUCUGAAGCUCAAGGUGCGUGGCGGCAUGUCCAUCAGCGUGCCGCACAGCAACACCGCCGUCAGCCCGCGCGUCUCCUCCUCUGCCGCUGCCGCUGCCUCGUCUGCCGCCGGCACGACGCCCCCGCACGGCGCGAGUCCGCGCAGCGGCAUCAACUCGCCCUUCAACAUGGCGAGUCCGCGCGAGGGGCUGAGCCCCCUGGCCAGCCCCAUGAACUUCCAGCGCUCCACGCCCGUCUCCACACCCACCGCCUCCCCGCGCCCCGGCUCCCUGUCCCCCCCGCCUGCCGCGCCCCCACGCACGCCCAACGUCAGCGACUACUACUACAGCGCCAAGUCCGGCGAGGCGGGCAGCCCGCGCGCGCAGGAGGAGGGCGAGGGCGAGGCGGAGGUGGAGGAGACGCCGGCGACGGCGAACGUGCUGAUGAAGGGCGUGGUGGAGCUGAGCGAGCUGUACCGCCUCUCGCGCAAGGAGCUCGGCCGCGGCAACUUCGGCGUCAUCCGCGUUUGUGAGAAGCGCGACACAGGCGAGAGGUUCGCGUGCAAGACCAUUGAGAAGAAGAACCUCGAGUGUUGGGAGGACGUGGAUGAUGUGCGGCGGGAGGUGCAGGUGAUGGAGAUGCUCAAGGACCACGCCAACGUCAUCAAGCUCGUCGACACCGUCGAGUCGCAGAAGGAGGUGCAUCUGAUAAUGGAGCUGUGCGAGGGCGGCGAGCUGUUCGACCGCAUCCAGGACAAGGGCUACUACAGCGAGCGCCAGGCCGCCAAGGUGACACGCACCGUGGUGGAGGUGCUGCAGCACUGCCACUCGCACGGCGUGCUGCACCGCGACCUCAAGCCCGAAAACAUCCUGCUGACCAGCAAGCGCAGCGACACGCGCGUCAAAGUCAUCGACUACGGCAUGGCUUACAUCUUCCAACCCGGCGAGCGGUGCACGUUCCGCGCAGGCACGCCCAACUACAUCGCGCCGGAGGUGAUCAACAAGAACUACGGCGUGGAGGCGGACGUAUGGAGCGCGGGGGUCAUCCUCUACAUCCUGCUGUGCGGCCUGCCGCCCUUCUGGGGCGACACCACGGAGGAGAUCUUCAAGAGCGUGCUGUGGGGCCACCUCGACUUUGACACGGACCCCUGGCCACAGGUGUCGGAUGCCGCCAAGGACCUCGUGCGCCGCAUGCUGUGCAAGAACUACGCCAAGCGCAUCACCGUUGAGGCCAUCCUGCGUCACCCAUGGAUCGUUGCUUACACCACAUGACAUGACAGCACCAGCUCACAGUGCUUGCCUGCGCUUGUGUCGUGGCACUGGUGCAACUGCUCACAUGAACAUGGUCUCUGCGUCAACCAUGCCUACCAUGCCUACCAACUGCUCACUCCACCAUGCUGACCAUCUGUCUCUCACAUUCCAUAGCCGUUCCACUUGACGCCUCCGUUCCCGCACAUCUGACUGCCUGCCUCUCAACUGUUUCUCCUUGCCUUCCAUGCUGCGCUGCCCCGCUUCUCUGUCCACUGUUCAUCCUGACCCCUAUAUAAAUUCUAACCCCAACUGGCUGCGCUACCGUCCCUGCCCACAUGGUUAGGCGCUGCCCUCUAAGCAUCAGUAGCCUCUAACUGCCUGUGCCAUUGCUUGCUACCAGCUGUCGCUCCACCUGCCUGCGCCAUUUCGACUCCCAGGCGUCCGCUGCCACAAGGGGAGCCGCUGUAGGCUGUAGCGUGCGCACCUGGUGCAGCAGGCACAGCGGUGUGGUGGAGCAUGACCACGUGCCGCUCUCCUUGAUCAAACCUGGCGCGUGGCCUCUGCGCCCUUGCCCUUGCCGCUCUUGGCAUUGUCCCCAGUCGCAUCGUGACCUAACUGUGAUGUUGCAGGGCUGCUGAGACAGCUGAGGUGAGGUUCGUUAGUGGGUAUGGUAUGGAGGUUCUUGCCCUCGUUCCAUUCAUAAAGAGGGAGGGGGCUUCUUUCUUGACAAUGACUCUGAAUGCUGAUCUAGUUGCUGCUAACUGACUCGAUGCAUGCAACAUGUGGAUCCUCUUUAAUAUGUAUGCUAUCUGUUAUGGCUAUUUCAUGCU